AAUAUGAAUAGUUGUAUUACAGGAAUUUGUCACUAGAGUGAGUAAAUCUUUCAAAAUCAUUUGAAUCGUGGAAUCCACUUUUGAGGUUGUCAGCAAGUCUAGCACUUGCCAGCGAAGCUUCAAGUAGAAAGUUCCAAAAACAGCUGAGGACUUCUGGUCAACUCUGCUUGUGUCAACUCCAAUUCAGCAAAAUAACCCAAGAAUCAAGAUAAUCUAAAAUAGCUAAAGGUUCCAAUCAAAUUCUCAUUUCAAGAAUUGGAAAAAGUCCCAUUUGGAGAAAAAACUGAUAACUUUGUCCUCCCCUUUAUGUGAUUCACAAGCCACAAUUAGAUAAAGGGUUGUGACAAUUUUAAGUUUCUUGAUUGAAUCCAUCUAUAUGGGUAAAGGAGGGGGUUGUAUGCCAAGCAGGAACAAGUUUCCUAUAAGUGAAGCAACAGGAUCUGAAGCUGAGGGGUUCAAGAAGUUGAGAAUAUUCAUUGUGUUUUAUUCAAUGUAUGGACAUAUUGAGAAGUUGGCAAGAAGGAUGAAAAAAGGGGUUGAUGGUAUUGAAGGUGUUGAAGGGGUUUUGUAUAAGGUUCCUGAAACUUUGUCACCAGAUGUUUUGGAACAAAUGAGAGUCCCCCAAAAAGGUGAUGAGAUUCCAGUAAUAUCUGUGGAUGAGUUGGUGGAAGCUGAUGGAAUCUUGUUUGGAUUUCCUACAAGAUAUGGAUGUAUGGCAGCUCAGAUGAAGGCAUUUUUUGACUCGACAGGGAAAUUGUGGAACGAACAAAAGCUUGCUGGAUUGCCUGCAGGGUUCUUUGUGAGUACUGGUACACAAGGAGGUGGACAGGAGACCACCGCCUGGACAGCAAUCACUCAAUUAGCUCACCAUGGGAUGCUCUAUGUUCCAAUAGGAUACACAUUUGGAGCAGGAAUGUUUAGAAUGGAUUCAAUAAGAGGAGGUUCUCCAUAUGGAGCGGGAACUUUCUCUGGAGAUGGUAGCAGGGAACCUAGUGAGCAAGAGUUGGCGCUGGCCGAGCACCAGGGCAAGUACAUGGCAGUGACUGUUAAAAGAUUGACUCCGCCACUACUUAACGCUACCUGCUCACGCUUUUAGAAAUGAAUAACGUGUCCAAAUUUACUCUUCUACAAUAUGAAAUAUCUUAAUUUUAUCUUUUGUUAUACUUUGGUUCAUUCAUAUUUUUGCCGUUAGCAAAUCACCUUAUAUUUGCCUUUACCUUUAACAGAGCUCCAAAGUGAAGGGCGUGAAUGUUCCUCAAAAGUAUAUACCAAAGAGUAAACUUAAGAUCUUUCAUAUGAAUUGUACUUUUACCCUUGUCACUUUAGAAAAUACCCUACAUGUAAUUUAUGUCCUUGUUCUUUUUUU